CGUCACAGCACCUCCUCCUCCUUGAAAGCUUAUAGAAAGCAAAGGAGGUAAAACAAUGCUAGGCUGGUCUUGGAAUGCUGAAAUGUCACUGAGUGGGGUUGACCUUGCCUUUAUCAUCUCUAUCUUAUCCUCUGUUUACACAGAACAAACCACUGUGGUAUAACCUAGCACUGAACUAGUCUAGUGUUUUUCUCUGGCACAGGGUGUAACUCCUUCCCCUCUUUGCACAUCAUCUCAGAAACAUCUCACCUCAGCUAGAGGGUGUAAAACAGCUGUUUCUUCUUCUUCUUCUUUUUCCCUACCCUUAAUGAACUGCCAUAUAAUUUCUUUCCUGGGGAAAAGGAGGAAGAUUUCCCUGAGUGCUUUUUUUAUGACGACAUUGGGGAGCAGGUUCAUCUGUGAAGGGAAAACCCCAUGGGAGAACACGCCUUCUGUGGACAUUCCCAGCUAGCUCACAGACUAUAUAAUCCAGCUUUUGCUCCCAGCUGUCAGAUUGGGCUAGCUGGUGUUCCAGGGCACUCACACGAGCAGCAGGUCCCAACGGAUUAGCACACAGAGUGGAAAAUGGCCCAAUUUGGCAGCAAGAUCCUAAUCUUGGCAUUUUUGAUGAAAGUCAUGCUGCUCUGCCUCUCUGACAGGGCUCAAGCAGCUAGCAGCUUCGAUUGCUGCCUUCAGUAUAUAGAACAUCCUAUCAACAGUAAAUUCAUCAAGGGCUAUGCAGAACAGCGGUCCUAUGAAGCCUGUGACAUUGAUGCCAUCAUAUUUUAUACCAGAAAACACGUCGUGUGUGCUAAUCCAAAGGAAACAUGGGUGAAAAAUGUCCUUAGGAUUUUGAGUUCCAGACUCAAGAAGAUGUCAAAGAAAUCCCUUUUCUGAUUUGGCACUGAAAAAAGCCUCACAGUCCAAAGGACCUAAACUCGAUUGGAAUUUCAACUCACACAUCAUUGUGUGCUUGUCAUCCACUUAACCUGACUAUCAUUGGAUCUAUCCAAUUAGUGAAGUUGAUUCAUAUUGCAUCAUAGUUUUGCUUUUUUGAGCAUUAUAUAAAAACCUGACUUUUUCAUUUUAUUGUAUUUAUAGAGUUUAUGUGUCUAUUAAAUGUUUUGCAUUUAAAACUUUUCAAAACCUACCCCUAACUUAUUUCCAGUCUUACCUAGUCUGCAGUUUUCAUACUCUGUGGUCUACAGGCUGUUUCUCAUGCCUGGAAUCCAAUUCUUCCUCACUUCCACUACUUGGAAACUCUAAGUUCCCAUUGAAAACUGAAUCAAAGGCACUUUCUAAAUGAAGGUCAUCUUAAGCCCUCCAGAAGCUAUUGCCUCCUCUUCCCCAAAAUACAUUGUAUUUAUUUUUCAUAAGUUUUUUAUAUACUUGUAUACAUACAUGUUAUCUUCCUUAAUAGAAUGUAAGUCUUGAGGGCUCGGGCUCUUUUCCAGCACCUAGCACAAUAGCUGGCACAUAGUAGGUGUUUAAUAAGCUUUUUGAUAUAGCAGUGAGAGUAAUUAUUAUUGUUGUUUAAUAUUCAAUUAUUUGAAGGAUUGAAAUACUGUUAUUAUCUAUUAUUUGGUGAAAGCAUUUUGAAUCAUUUUAUUUGUAUAGUUUAUUCUAAAUCUAUGUUUUAUUAUUCAAUGUUUGACUAUUUCCUGUAGAAAAAAUGCAAAAACUGUUGAUAUUACCAAUAAAAGAAGGAACCAAAAAUUCAAUGGUCAGUGACUUUUUUACUAAAUUAUUUAUUCAAGUAUCUACCACAUAGAGAUAAUGGAAAAAAAAUUAGUAAAUUAUCAUUAUAGUCAAAAUACUGACAUACUGACAUACUGAC